GUUCGGUUUGGUGUUACCGAUAACGCAGGGAAUGUCUGAAUGAUUUUCCAAGGUUACGCCCUGCGAGACCCGAUGGGAUGAGGCAGGUCCCGACCUGAGGUGGGUGAGUCGGCCAGUGGGCUGGGGCCAACAGCCAAGGCCACGCUGGUGGGGAUAGGGAUCGGUCCCUUGGGCGAUGCUCAGAGGCGGCGCCCGUGGCGGAAGGCCCUGGUUGCGGCGCAGCCUCCCAGCAGGGCGGCGGCGGCGGCGCGGGUGGCAUGUACGGCAAUGGCGCGGCGGGGGCUGCGGCAGCAGCCCCCCGUCACUCGCUGCCGGCGGGCACGGGGAGGGCCGUGCGGCAGAUCACGCCGGGUGUGACCUCUCUGAUGCUGCGCGGCCUGCCCAAGGAGGUGAGCCAACAAGAGCUGCUGGAGGAGGUCCACCGCUCGGGGUUGGCCCGCACGGUAGACUUCUGCUACAUGCCCCGCGACUUCGCCUCUUGCAAGAGCAAGGGGCACGCCUUCCUCAAUUUCGUUUCCAGCGAGGUGGCCACCGAGUUCCAGAGGGCGUGGCACGGGCGCCGGACGUGCGCGGGCCGCGCGGUCGACGCGCGCGGGCUCGACGUCUCCGUGGCCACACUGCAGGGUCUGGCCGCGAACAUCGGCAGGUGGGGGGGGCCCCGCCUGAGGCGCGUGCGCAACCCGGACUUCCAGCCCUUCGUCCUGGACCGCCGCGCAGCCCACGCAGGGGGCCGCCCCUGAGGACCCGGCCACGCGUGAGGGUAACCUUUCGCCGGAGUGACCGUGGUUGCGGGCCUACGGUGGCCCCUGGCAGUUGCCUGCGCGCUUGGAUUCGGCCCCCCA